CACCAGGGGUGAAGCGAGGCUUGGGCUGCUGGAGCGGGAAUGAGGGGGCGCCAAGUGGCUCCGGAAACUGGAGGAGGUUGUACUGGCCUCUCCGCAAACACAGUGUGUGCGGGCGUGAGGGCUGUUUCUCUGGGUCCUCUGAAGUUGCGGCUGCUCUGCAGCCAGGUACUAAAGGAGCUGCUGGCUGGACAGGGAAUUGAUUAUGAGAAGAUCCUGAAGCUCACGGUUGAUGCUAAGUUUGAGUCAGGCGAUGUGAAGGCCACAGUGGCAGUGCUGAGUUUCAUCCUCUCCAGUGCGGCCAAGCACAGUGUCGAUGGCGAAUCCUUGUCCAGUGAACUGCAGCAGCUGGGGCUGCCCAAAGAGCACGCGGCCAGCCUGUGCCGCUGUUAUGAGGAGAAGCAAAGCCCCUUGCAGAAGCACUUGCAGGUCGGCAGCCUGCGCAUGAAUAGGUUGGGAGGUGUGGGCUGGUGGGUGGACUACACCCUGAGCUCCAGCCUGCUGCAGUCCGUGGAAGAGCCCAUGGUGCACCUGCGGCUGGAGGUGGCAGCUGCCCCAGGGACCCCAGCCCAGCCUGUUGCGAUGUCCCUCUCAGCAGACAAGUUCCAGGUCCUCCUGGCAGAACUGAAGCAGGCCCAGACCCUGAUGAGCUCCCUGGGCUGAGGAGAAAGGUGUUCCAGGCCUGUGUGGAGCUGCCCUGCCCGUAUGGAGUCACGCCCUCUGAACUGCUCUUCAGGAGGCAGCCCUGGUUCUCAGAUGCUGAGGCCCUGGCCUGGACUCUGGCCUCCCAGAUCCUCAGCUGCCUCACUUCUCUCUUGAGAACUCAGCUCAGGGCUCCUGAGGACCUUUCCCAGCAUUACCUUCCCUUCCCUUGAAAGGCAAUUGUUGGCUGUUUUCAUGAGCAGGAAAAAUAAACAGAAGUAUAAAGGAA